UGGUGCUCCAUGGAUACAGCUCUGCUCCUCAGAGGACUGAUGAAUAUGUGCGCUUUAUUUAUCUUUCUGUUUAUUGGAUAUAAUCCUUGUCGACUCUCAUCACUUUGGUGAAAUGCAAUCGACUUCAAAGUUGAGGCAAUGCUCAAAAAUGUGGAAGCCAAGACAGCACUGGAGUAACUUCUGAGCGCUGUACCCCCCCUCUCCUUGUGCACUCUCCGGUAUGAGGCUGUGGGGCAGAGCUACAGCUGCCCGGAGGAGGAUGCUCUGCCUCUGGCUGCUGCUCCUGGGGUUCGCUCUUGUUACACUGGCGCUGUCGGAUCUCUUCAACCGCGACAAAAGUCAAAGUCAUCAGAAUCCAGGACCUCCCCGCCGCCCCCUGCAGCGGUUCUCCAGUCCAAUGGACCUGGAGGUCAUCGUGGACUCCCGAGACCCUGCCUUAGAGCUCGGUGUCGAUCUCGCCCCCCUAAAAUCUUUGCAAGAAGACCAGCUUUUAUUCGUGCCAUCCACGCAGGGCACCAAGAGCCCGCCGCAGAAGAAGGGGAGUUACAAGGUGCUUCUGCCCGGAGCAAAUAAGGACAUCACUGCUCCGGCGCCUCCAACGCACGGUGAAAUGGGCAAAGCAGUGCAGCUACACCUGGAAGGUUCGGAGAGGGAAGCGGAGCUGGCUGCAGUGCUGAAGUACGGGUUUAACGAGGUGGUCAGCGAGAGGAUUUCACAGCAUCGCAGGCUGCCUGAGACGCGCCACCCUGGGUGCUUGGGGGAACAGUACAGUGAGUCACUUCCGUCUGCAAGUGUUGUUAUCUGUUUUCAUGACGAAGCCUGGUCCACGCUCCUGCGCACCGUGCACAGCGUCCUGGAUACUGCAGCCAAACAGCAUCUGCAGGAGGUUCUGCUGGUGGACGACCUGAGCCAGCACGGUCACCUGAAGACUGUGCUGAGUGAGUAUGUGUCACAUCUGGAUCGGGUGCGUUUGAUUCGCAGCACCAAGCGCCUGGGGGUGGGAGGGUGCCGUACUCUGGGUGCUGCCAGGGCUGCAGGGGAGGUGCUGGUGUUCAUGGACUCCCACUGUGAAUGCCAGAAAGGCUGGCUGGAACCACUGCUGGAGAGAGUGGCCCAGGACAGGACCAAAGUGGUAUCCCCCAUCAUGGAUGUGAUCGACUGGCAGACCUUUCAGUACAAUGCCACCCAGUGGCCAGUUAGAGGAGUGUUUGACUGGAGACUUGACUUCCACUGGGAGUUAAACCUUCCACUGCAAGACAAGGACCCAGACUCAGCUGUGCAACCUUUACGGACUCCAGCAUUAGGAGGCGGAGUCGUGGCCAUCGACAGACAUUUCUUCCAAAGUGUUGGAGCCUACGACCCUGGGAUGCUGUUGUGGGGGGCGGAACAAAUCGAGCUUUCAAUCAGGGUCUGGUCAUGCGGGGGCUCCAUGGAGGUAGUUCCCUGCUCUCGCGUAGCCCACCUCGACCAUCACCACCUGCCGUACGUCUUCCCAGACCAGGAGCUGCUUCAGAGAAACAAGAUCCGCAUUGCAGACACCUGGAUGGAUGCGUACAGGAAGAUUUUCUACAGGAGAGACACUCUGGCUCAUUUCAUCAGGCAGUCUGAGAGUCCUAACAUCACAGAGCGUCUGCGGCUGAAGAGGAGUCUGGGCUGCAGGAACUUCCACUGGUACCUGACCGCAGUUUAUCCGCAGCUCUACAUCCCCCAGGACAGACCUGCACUGUCAGGCGAGCUGUAUAAUGUGGGCGCUGGCAGCUGUGCAGACUACCCUCGAGGGCAGGGACCACAAGGUGGGCCCAUGAACAUAGCACCGUGCAGUGGGACGGGCAGCCAGCACUGUGAUCUAAACCUUGAGGGUGAAGUGCGAUGGGGUGCGAUGGGGCAUUUGUGUUUGGACGCCAAGGGAGAGAGGGUGGUUCUCUCUCCCUGCCCCACCCACGGACCAACCACCAGCAGCGGACUCCAGUGGAAGUUCAUAAAGCUAAGCGGUCAACUCGUUCACCAGCACUCUCAGUUAUGUCUGGAGGCUGUAAUGGAAGGAGGGCACACGCAGAGCAGCACAAGAGAGGUCGACACCCACACCAACACAGGAGGUCUCUUCCUACGCGCUUGCACCCAUCACCCCAGACAACAGUGGCACUUUGAGCAACUGGUGGCGCCUAAAGGUGCCUGAUACACAAAGCACAUAGACACUGGUGUGUUCGCAAGAUGUGAAUCAUGGGCACAUAUUAUCAUAUAUUUACUAUGCAUAGUGGCAUACAGAAUGCCUUUAGUGAAAUGGUGUAGAAAAAUAUACAAAAUAUAAUUUUUUUGCUCCACUUUGCCACUCGGCUUCUUUGUUCCUGUUUUAAGGAUUGCAAAUAGCAUUUAUUGUGUUAAGUAAUAAAAAAACAGAUGAUCUUUUAGUGAUACCAAGUUUUAAUAUCUAUUAUUGUGUUGUAUAUUUAAUCAUAUUCAUUGUG